UUUUUUUUUCGAAACGUUUGAGAUAUUGAACUGCGGUUUGUGACACAAUACAGUACAAACGGAGCACAAUGCAGCACAAUUAAUGAAAAUUCAAAAUUCGAAAAGUGCGGGGCUACCAAAUUUUUCGUUUAUUUUUUUUCGAAAACGGUUUGAGAUAUUGAACUGCGGUUUGCGGCACAAUAUGGCACAAACGUAGCAUAAUUCAGCACAAUCAAGAAAAAGAUGAAAUUCAAAAAGUGCGGGGCUAACUUCACACACGUCGAAACUCAACCUAAAUACCUAACUCGACUUAACCUCUCUCGGAUUUCGUGACGUUAGAUCUGCCCGGGGUGGCUCGCGUGAUGCGUGCGCGUGCGGGAAUAAACAGCGUCGACGGAUCGUGCGGUAUUUAAUGCAAAGUAUGCUGUAAUCGGGCAUUCCACUCGACUGGAUUUCGUAUAAAUAGAGCGAGAACGGAGAACUUUUUCCCGUUGGGAAAAUCGACGGAACGCCCUAAGCCUGGCGAUUUGCGUUAUCUGUCAUUACUCAUCAUCGUCAGUGUAACAAUGGCGUGGACCAACUAUCAACGCACGUUGGCUCUACUCCAAGUAAUCACGGGCUCGUUCAAUACCCUCUCGGUCAAGUAUGCGGACCGACAAGUGGUGCUCGGCGAGGACGGGCAGCUCAGGCACUUCGACCACCCCUUCAUGCAGUCGGCGUUCAUGUUCCUCGGGGAGGCUCUCUGCUUCGUAGCGUUUAAGAUUUUGUACUAUUACUACAACCGGCAGGGCGACGGCUCUGUAGAUAACAAUCCGCUCACCAAGGGCUCGAGGAUCUUCAGCCCCUUCAUCCUGCUGGUACCUGCAUUGUGCGACAUGUGCGCGACGUCCAUAAUGUACAUUGGCCUGAACAUGACCUACGCGAGCAGCUUCCAGAUGCUGCGUGGCUCGGUGAUCGUCUUCACGGGCAUGUUCUCCAUCGGAUUCCUCAACAGGAAGUUGGGGGCGAGGGAAUGGACGGGCAUUGCCUUUGUCAUAACGGGCUUGGCGUUCGUCGGCGCCAGCGACAUCCUGACAAUGGAGGACAAUGAUAUGAGUACGAACUCGGUGAUCACCGGAGACUUGCUCAUCAUACUUGCGCAGGUGAUAACAGCCGUGCAAAUGGUUGUGGAGGAGAAAUACGUCGGGGAACAGGACAUUCCUGCGCUGCAGGCGAUUGGAUGGGAAGGUAUCUUUGGAUUUAUUGGCAUUUCCAUCGCUAUGAUCCCCCUCAACUACAUCUCCGCGCCACCGCCGUUCGCCGACAAUUCGCGCGGCACAUUGGAAGCCACCGAGGAAGCUCUCGUCGAGAUCGGGAGCAACGGCAACUUGUUGAUAGCUAUUAUCGGUAUAGCGUUCAGCAUCGCCUUCUUCAAUUUCGCCGGUAUCAGCGUCACGAAAGAAAUGAGCGCGACGACGAGGAUGAUCUUGGACAGCGUUCGUACGAUCGUGAUAUGGGCCUUCUCCCUAGCCCUCCGGUGGCAGUCUUUCCAUUACAUGCAGCUCAUCGGCUUCGCGAUUCUGCUGAUCGGCAUGGCGUGCUACAACAACAUCGUUAUACCGCAGUUGGUGAGGAAAUGCCGGUGCCGCCUGGGCCGGCACACUUCGUCCAGAAACGAGGAUCGUAUUAUUAAUACCGCCGCGGACGAUGUGCAAGAAACAAUAUGAAAGUACGUACGAUAAGCCGCAUUCGAAGGCAUCGUACGCUAAUCGCUUACCGCUGAUUGAGCGACAAACAAGUUUUCAACGGAAAAGACUAAGCGGAGAUCUGUGGAGCUGUACAACGCACGCGCGGAGAUGAAUAAUCGUGGUUCUUACGUCUUUCAUUAUUACAAGGGAAUCACAUGCAGCGAGUGAUCAUGACUCUCGUAUCUUCCUUCUUUUACCGCCUGCUGAUAAGAUACAAGUUUGAAGUAAAGAGAGGCUCUUCCUCAGAAAGAUGUGUUCGUACUAGGGCUCGCUAUUAUACGUUUAAACGGAAACACGUUUACACGUAUAAUUAGCAUAUCCGUUCAUUAGAAACGUUUUCCCGAAUAUACGUGUUUUAAGGUAUUAUAAACGGAAAGCGUUUACACGUAUAUUAAACGUUUAUCUGUUUAUAAUCGCGCCUUACGUAUAAACAUUUUUCCACAAGUAAACAUUUUUCUCCACCUCUUAUUUUUAAUUUCAUUGGCUCGUCAUUGACGUUACACCAAGUCGACGACGACGACGGUGACGACAGUGCACCACGUCAACGACGACGACGGUGACGAUGUUGCACCACGUCGACGACGAAGACUACGAGGACGACGACGACGUUAUACCACGAGGAUAACACAAGCUGAAAUUGGUUGCAUGUAGUCGAUUACCGCAUAAUUUCAAGUUAUUGACCUUCGAAGCUACUUCACAUCUUCGAAGCUUCGAUCUUUAAUUCGUAUAAUAAACUAGGGAUGGGCGAUGUCGGGAAAAACAAUCGAUUAUUGAUUAAUCGUUUGUCCAGAUAACCGAUUACACAUGAUUGAUUAUUUCUUAAACGAAUAAGAACAAUAACAUUGAAUAAUUGAUUAAGC